AUGGGAAGCGAUGACGCCACUGCCAAUGCACAUCUGCAUCACCAGGGGUCUAGAGAGGCGUUGCCGGCCUUUAUGGAGGGCCUACACACUUUUUUGAAGGUAUCGGUCUGUCUGUCUGCGGUUCAGAGUGUACUGACAACUCUAGCAAGCUUUGACUUCAUUAUGCUAAGCCGAAUAUUAACCAAUGAUACAGACGAGUACACUAAAACGUUUUUGAAACCUUCGUUCAGUGUUCAAGUUGAUAAAUUUAAAUAUUAUCAGAAUAAUUCAGCUGUCAAUUACGUAAAUAAUUUGAUAAGCACGAAAACUUUACAACGCUUGAAGGAUAUUUUAAAUAAUGAUGAUAUUAAUAACAGAACCUCUUUAAUGUUGGUUAGUGCAGUUUAUUUCAAAAUGACGUGGGAGAUACCUUUCGAUUUGAAAAAAACGCGGAUCUCGAAAUUUCGUGACUUUGACAGGAAUAUAUCAUUAGUUCCGAUGAUGAGUCAAGAUAACCUUUAUCUGUUCUUAAUAGACGAUGGCUUGGGGUUGAAGAUGAUUGAUAUAAAACUGGCAACCCAAGGUUUAUCAAUGUUCAUAGUUCUGCCUGAUGAUGCAAAUAGUAUGGCAUACUUCCUAUCAAGUGUCUUAACUGAACCUAAUUUUAUAAGAUCUAUUAAGAAUCGAAUGAAAUUAAGAAUGCUGACACUAAAUCUACCAAGAUUUAAAAUAAAGUCAUUAGUUAAUUGGAAGUGGGACUUGCAGCAGAUGGGCUUGCAAAAAAUAUUUCUAAGUAAUGAAACAGGGUUAGACAGUGCAUUGAAGAACAAUACCAAAAGGCACUUAUAUGUAAGCGUCGUGAAGCAGAAGACCUUUAUCGAGGUUGAUGAGAUGGGGGUGUUGCGUGGAGAUGGUCUUAGACAUGAAUUCGAGCGUUCACAGGAUGACAUAAUAUCCAUGACAAAUCCUACGCUGGAGUUCACUGCAGAUAAACCGUUCUACUUCAGCAUUUUGAUUCAUCACGAUCUAUCCGAUUAUAAAAACACAGAGGAUCUUCUAAAUGGUGUCUAUUAUGGGCCUCAAUAAAUAAUUUUUUUGUUUUA